AUGCCAGCUACAUCGGUGCGAUCAGACUUUAUCUUACUGAUUUGGAAUAACUAUGUAACCCUGCUAAAUUUAAGGCAGCUUGUGCUACUAUUAAAGAAUAUGCGAAUUGCCCUCGAUAAUAUAGAAAGGAAUGGCGAGGAAGCAGCAUCGGAGAGACACGCGUUUAUUCUCGAGCUUUAUAAGGAGAUGCAAGGCCCGGUUCUUAUGAGAGAUUAA